GGAGCCUUUCCCUUUUUUUCGUAGGUGUUUUUUUUUUUUUCUUCCCCCGAGCGGAUGUAGGCGGAUGUUCUUGGCCUCCAUUCUCUGUAUCGCCGCAACUUUCGUAAGGAGUGAGACAUGAGAACGGGGAGCUGCGGGGUGAGCGGGGCCUGACUCUGGAGAACCAGCACCUUCUGACCCGUGCCUUCUCCGAGAGCCGAUUGAUCUCGUCUGGGCCUCAGUCUUUCUAUCACUAUGAAUGAAGUAAUGGUGGUUAAGGAAGGUUGGCUUCAAAAAAGAGGUGAAUACAUAAAGACCUGGAGACCCAGAUAUUUCCUUCUGAAAAGUGAUGGAUCAUUUAUCGGCUAUAAGGAGAAGCCAGAUUCCUCAGAGCAAAGCCUGGUUCUCCCCCCGCUCAACAACUUCUCUGUAGGAGAAUGUCAGCUCAUGAAGACAGAGCGCCCCCGCCCCAACACCUUUGUCAUCCGUUGUUUGCAGUGGACUACAGUUAUCGAGCGCACUUUUCAUGUGGACACCCCGGAAGAAAGGGAGGAGUGGAUGAGGGCGAUCCAAACUGUAGCCAACAGCCUGAAGAACCAGGAGAAUGAUGAAGAGGAGGAGGCCAUGGACAUCAAGUGUGGUUCUCCUAGUGACACCCCAAGUACGGACGAGAUGGAUAUAGCCAUGUCCAAGGGACGACCUAAAGUUACCAUGAAUGAUUUUGACUAUUUGAAACUGCUGGGAAAAGGAACAUUCGGAAAAGUGAUCCUGGUCCGAGAGAAAGCAACAGGUCGUUACUACGCUAUGAAGAUUUUACGGAAAGAUGUCAUAAUUGCUAAGGAUGAAGUGGCUCACACCGUUACCGAGAGCAGAGUCUUGCAGAAUACAAGGCACCCCUUCCUAACAGCUUUGAAAUAUGCGUUCCAGACAAGUGACAGGCUUUGCUUCGUUAUGGAGUAUGCUAAUGGAGGAGAGCUGUUCUUUCACCUGUCUCGGGAACGAGUCUUCACGGAAGACAGAGCACGGUUUUAUGGUGCAGAGAUUGUGUCAGCCCUGGAAUAUCUCCACUCCAGGAACGUGGUGUACAGGGAUAUAAAGUUGGAGAAUCUCAUGCUGGACAAAGACGGUCAUGUGAAGAUCACAGAUUUUGGACUUUGCAAAGAGGGGAUCACAGAUGGGGCCACUAUGAGGACAUUUUGUGGCACCCCAGAGUACUUGGCUCCUGAGGUGUUGGAGGACAACGAUUAUGGCCGAGCUGUGGAUUGGUGGGGUUUGGGAGUGGUGAUGUAUGAAAUGAUGUGCGGGAGAUUACCGUUCUACAAUCAGGACCAUGAAAGACUUUUUGAGCUUAUCCUUAUGGAGGAAAUCCGCUUCCCUCGCACUCUAAGCCCCGAAGCAAAGUCUCUUCUGAGUGGCCUUCUUAAAAAGGAUCCUAAACAGAGGCUUGGAGGUGGCCCCACUGAUGCUCAAGAAGUGAAGGAUCACCGGUUCUUUGCUUCGAUCAACUGGCAAGAUGUGAAUCAGAGGAAGCUCACCCCACCCUUUAAGCCACAAGUCACUUCUGAAAUCGACACCAGAUAUUUUGACGAUGAAUUUACAGCUCAAUCCAUAACAGUAACACCUCCAGACAGAUAUGAUAACCUGGAUGCCUUAGAAGCAGCUGACCAGCGUGCCCACUUUCCCCAGUUCUCCUACUCGGCCAGCAUUCGGGAGUAAAUCCAAGAGACACACGAAGGGGGGGGAUUUUAAAGACUUUCUACUGAAAGAAAUUGGAGAUAAUCCUGCCCCUUUGUGAAACGGGGCAGUAACUGUGUAUUCGCCUACCGUCCCCAAAUCCUGAUUAAGAGACCACAUUUUCUUUUUCAAAAUGUACUCAAAACAAACACACAAAAAAAA